AAACCGCCGGCGGGCUCUUGGGAUCCACCGAUGAUUUGCUGCCAGUGACUUUCGGCCUCAGCCUCAUCAGAACUGGAACCGGGGCGGACUUGGUCGACCGACAUUAUUGCAUUGAUAGUCCGAGUCAUGCGGUCUUCGGACCAAUCUGAUUCUUAUUCUUCACUGCUUCUCCAGUCCGAUCCGACGUUCACAACAGGUCCGCAUGCCACGAGACUGCAGUGGCCUCAGAAAAAGGAAUCCCACUCGCUCCUUGCUCGACACAGUUCUCGCCAGGCAACACUGCUCGCGUGUCUUUUUGGACCACAACACCCAGGCAACGACCUGGGCUGAUAUGAUCGAUAUUACUGGACGAUUUUUGGUUCGAGAUAUAAAUAAACAAUGGACGCUACAUCGAUACCGUCGCCAGACUUGAAGCUGGAAACAUUAUUGUCAAUAUGGCCCAUAGCCAGGAACCUGAGUCAAUGGCUUCCCGUGGGAGAUUUAAUCAGUCUUUCAAGAUCGAGCGUUACCCUCCGCGCGGUGCUUCAUGGAUUCGAAACACCAAGACUACCGCCUCAAGACCGUGAAGAACUAGUACCAUCUGAUCCAGGGACUGUCCGUGACGAGCUGCACAUUGGCCAACACGGCACUAUCUACUGGCAGCAACUGAAAGACCAAGCACCCUUCGAAUGUUCUUCUCGCACGCAUACCAAAGGACCUACCCCCAAGCCAUGCCGGUAUUGUUCCAAACCGAUAUGUGACGCGUGCAUUGUGCGAUCGUCAUUCGCCCGAGGCCACGAGAACACUUUCCAAAAUCGGACACGGUAUUUAUGUUCCAAGUGUUGGGAAACCGGAAACUCGAGCCAAAGCGAACGCUUCCCACUACUGAACAACAACACAUCAAGUCCUGAUCCUAAUCCUCCCAAAAGAAAAUGGUAUGAUCCCGACGGGAGUACCAAGGACUACUGCACCUGCACUUUAAAGGAUGACGGAUGGCUCUGCCUCGACUGCAAGGAUUUGCAAAACCAGGAAGCUCUGUCCAUUACUCACUGCCAUGGAAAAGAUUGCAGGGAACCACUUGAAGCCGACAAGGAGAGGAGGAGGAUCUGUCUGUGGUGCAACAAGGCUCUUCCGCGACAAAUUGGCGGCACGACUCGGUAUCACUGGAACCAGAAGAUGGUCGAGGCGCGGGCGCGGAAUGCAGCUUCUCGUCAAGCAGAUCUCGAGGAAUACAAUAAAAGACGCUUGAAGCUGAUGAGGAUGUCUCGAAGAGAAAUGCGAGGCGACGAGGCUGUCAAGGACGACCCGGACGCCGACGUCCCACAGUUCGUUCGACAUCUCGACACACUCAAUUAUCGCAGUUACAUGUCUGACGCCGCGGCCCCCAGUGGAGACGCCAUCUACGACUCUAAGAGGGGCUACUGGAGAUAUACGCGGGAGUUUCUUCUCGAGAUGGGAACCCGGUGUCGCUGUGCUCGGCUUCCGCCGCCGCCGCAGAUUAAAGCUUUUUGUGCCAGUGCGUUGACGUUUGCUCGAACGAAUGGUCAACUGUCGGAAGAGAUGCUGCUGCUAACGCCCAUUAACGGAUCCAAAGUCGAAGAAACUCGUCUGAAACAGUGGUACCGACUCAAGGCUGUGGUUCUGGAACUCCUACUCGUGCAGAAACUAGGGUACAAGGAAGCCCAGCGUCUUCUUCAAGAAGAGUACGGCUUCUCUGCCCCGGUCAAGGAGUAUCGCCAGGCAUUACAUCAAUGGUAUAUCCAACUGCCUGUCAAGGAGCUGGAGUACAGAAGGCCGUCUCUGGUAGAGCAGGAAGCUGUUGAUGUUGAACAUGGCAGCAGCAGCAGCCUCGGGCCUCUACACAGCGCCGAAGGCAAUGUUACGGUGGAACGAAACGACGCUUCUUAUUCAGUCUCAGAGACUCUACGCAUUCCCCCCUCGCCUGACAGUGAUGCACUCGACCUGGAAGCCCCGGACCCCGAAGACCAAGACGAUGAUAUCGCUGUCAUCCCCGUGAAGACUGGCACUAUCCCAGACCUCCAACUCGACAGAUGCAGCGACCUGCAUCAUGGUCGAAAAGAAGAAGACGGAGAAGCGACCUCUUCCUGGCUUCCUGGUGCUGCUGCUGCUGCUGCUGCGCCGCACACAAUUGCCGACUCAGAGCCAGGUCCAGCUCAUCCUGGUGAACCAGAAGAAGAACAUCAAGGAGAAAUCGACGACAACGACGAAAAUCCGCCCCCAUAUACUGCCGAGGCAUGAUCAAGGGGUCGAUUGUCGAGUCGAGUCUCUGUGAUCGACUUGCUCGACGAGCGGAGCAAGCAUCAACGCAAGCAGCAGAUCACGCAAAUUCGUCUCAAAUGGACCCAACCCGCCUGUUUGAUCAGGAAACGCCUGGCAAGCACCACGGCAGAACCAUAAUGACAAAAUGAUGAAUGAAUGAUAUGUAAUGAAAUGAACCUGAUAAUUUUGAAUUGCGGAAUUAAAUCAAUAGAAUCAAUAGCUGGACAAAAUUACCCAGGUACGACUGCUCGCCUAAUGGAAAGAAUGAACUCUGUUACUGUGGGAUGAUUCUUCUGUGGCAUUCUGAACAUAUGUAGUAUACGGGCCUCGGCUGACAAUACCCGCACUAGCAGUAUACACUGGUCGCAGUGCGCAUGCAAGGUUGUUGCAGUGGUGGGUUGUGUGUGAGGAAGUUGCACAGAUGCAUGCAACUGAGUGACGCCACUGCAGAUCCCAACCCGAUUUAUUGCAUUGAUGCAAUUCCGAAUUGAUUUUCAAUCUAAUAAUUAAAGAAGCGAAUUUAUGAUUGGGCAACUCGAACGAAUAAAACAAUAUAUACACCAUGAUAAAUAUACCCCUGGUAGGCACCAUGACAUACCACCACAACAACAACCUAAUGCUUUACAGUCUUGUGGACUACUUAUACGUGACACACUCAGUUCAAUUCAUCAAUCAAGAUCGAACAAGACCAAUAAUAAAAAAGGACAAAAAAUC